AUGGCCGAGGAGAAGACCUUUCGCUACGGGUUCAUCAUGCUGGGUUUCUUCCUGGUGAUGACGGGAAUGUUCAUCAUGAGCGUGGAAAAGCCCCAGAUCUACAUCACCUUCUGCACCCUAGGCAUCCUGCUCAUAGCUGUGGGCAUCACCUGGAGCAUGUGCCAGUGCUACCCGAAGAUAACAUUCGUCCCUGUGGACCUCGAGGCCGAGCGGUUCCUGGACCACAAACCCAUCGUACUGCCGGAGAGGGACACCUGCUUGAUUGUACCCUGCCCCAACCAAGAGGCCACCAGCACCUAUGAGAAAAGCCUGCCGUCCUACGAGCAGAUCCAGGGGCAGGUGGUGGGCUCGGGCCCGCUCCCACCCACGGCCCAGCCCAGACCCCGCAGCUGCUCCCAGCUGGCGGUGCAGGCGCAAGCAGAGGUCCACCGGGAGCUGGGUGGUGCUGGAGACCACCCCCGAGACCCCCCCCGGCUGGCCCCAGGGGACGCACCGCUGGCAUGCCUCCUGGAGGACAUGGACACGCCGUCGCUGGAGGGUUCCGUGCCCAGCAGCCCCGUGCCACAGGGCCGACCCCCACCAUCUGUUGCCCGCUCCAGCUGCACCCCGACCAGCUCCCCGGUGGGGGGAAAGCACCCUGGUUCUCCCCGCAAAGGCGCCGGGGAGGAGGAUGACCUCUAUUAUGGGCUCCAAGAGGGGCCAGAUGCUCUGCUCGAGGAUAACGACUGCCUUUUUGAGGUGGAAAACUGA